AUGAAUAUGCCCGGUCAUGGAUAUACACAAAAGCAUAAGAAAAUCGGCUUUGAAAACGAAGAUCGUAACGCCUUUCUCCAAGCGAUGCUGGAUCAUCUACAAAUCGAGGGCCCGAUUGUGUUUGUCGGGCACAGUCGUGGCUCGGAAAAUGCAAUGGCAAUAUGUGCGAAGAAUCAAGAGCAGGCGCAAGGACUCGUGUUAAUAAAUACCUCUGGACUUCGAAUGCACAAGGGGAUCAAGCCGUUUUUUAUCAUACAAUUCGCCUCCUGGAUUUACAAUGUCAAUUUGUGGUCCGUCCAGAAGAUGAUCAUGCACCCAAUUUUAUACCACGUCUACAAACGCAUCGUGCGCCUCAAAACCCAAACCGGAAAAAUUGCCGCCGUUUGCGUACAAAGUAUGCGCACGUUUGGUCUCGAAAAACAACGGCCCUACGUCGAGGAGCUGAACGAAAAUUCGAAAACACCGAUCGUGAUGGCGUAUUCGGGCAAGGACUUCCUAAUCGAGGACCAGAUCGUCAGGGAGAUGCUGGCCGAAUUUGACGGUGCCGAGGAACUGAUUCUCGACGAUUCCAAAAGUGACGACGUCGAAGCAAAAGCCGCGAGAUGGGUCCGCCAACGACUCCUAGAAUCCCGAGCCCUCGGCGUCUGCUUCAAGCAGGACGGCCACUACCUCCAGAAAUUCAAAGCCAAAUUUUUGGCAGACACCAUUGCAACGAUGUGCCAAUUG